GAUAAAUGCUUUGGAAGUCUUAUUUUUUUAAGUCUAGAAUGGGUGGAGCGGGUAACCACCACUCCUCAAGUAAAGCCACAAAAUCCAGGAUAUGGGAAAGAGUAGGCUGACAGCGCACUUUGCAAAGUACUGGAAGAUAUUUGCAAUUGUGUGCGCGGAGCGCUGAGAGGGAACGCAGCUGGAUAGGCUUGGGAACGGGUGUCGGGGGCAGGGGAAUGCGCGCUCAGUGCAACGUUUAUGCGGGGAACUUUUAGCGGGCGCCCGGUCUGUCCCCAGUACAGGUCCUCAACCUGAAACGAGGGUAGUUAGGCAGGAGGGGGAAAUCCCAGAGAUGCUAUGAGUAGCUUCUACCUCUGUUCUUCCCAGCGCCUACUCUGGCGCCGGGUCAUCCUCCACCCUGCGGGAAAGCAGGUCUCGAACCCUCCACGACGCUGCCUCCGCCUCCUGCGCGGAGACGUAACGGGGGACCCGUGCGUAACGGCUGACGCGCUGGAAUCCUCCGGCUGACGCGGGGCACGCACGGCGCGCGACGCCCCCUUCGUCCGCCCCGCCCCUGACGUCCCGGGAGCGUUCUAUUUUGGAACGCCGGGGCCACGUUGCUAAGGGAGGCAGUCCGGCGUUGCGAUUGGUCGCUGCCGCGCAAGACUUUGGCCAAUCAACUUUCCCUUCCUAUUUGGAGGGCGCAGUUCCCUUCCCCCCCCUCUGUCCCUGGAACCCGUGGUUCUUAGAUGCUUGGGUCUCUUUUAAGGGCCUGUAAAGGCACAGCGAUAGAACGCCUGUCGCGACCAGAACGACCCUUUGCUACCCAGUGGGUCUGCGGGCUCUAGCAGAGAUCUAGCCUGUCGGCUCUCCGGAGCAGAUAUUUCUCUUUGUGCGCCGGCAUUUAUUCUGGAAAUGUGGUGGCCGUCAUUCUCUCUUCUCACUACACACAGAGACACUCACACUCCCUCUGUGCUGCACCCUGGGUCCCUCGAGCUAGUCCGAAAACAGGACUAGGACAGAUAACCGGAGGAGAACUAGCCAGGUGGUCUCCGGGAGCUCCGCCCCCUCUCAGUUCUCAGAACGCUGAUUGGCCAGCGAGGCAGCCCUUCCCUCACCACGCCCCCCGACAGAGUAGUUAAGCUUCAGAACAAUUCCAGGAUGCCACUUGCGGGUGGGGGGCAAUGAGCGCUGCUGGGACUAUGAGGGUCAGAUCGUACACCAUCCCCCUCCACGAUAGUCUGAGAGAGCCGAGUUGUCACUUUUGCCUACCUGUUUGUGCACCUGAACCUGUCACUUGUCAGUGUCACUGGAGAGAGACAGUUACUUGAAACGAUUCUCUCUACUCCUAGGCCGUUCCUCCAACAUCCUUUUAACUGGGACCCCCGCCCCCACAAGGGAGCUGGCACGGAGGGGUGUGUGUGUGUGUGUGUGUGUGUGUGUGUAGAGGAAGGCUUGGUCUAAGGCCUCUCCCUCUCCCUCCCCUUGCCUCUGGGGUGGGGGUGGGGUGUUGUGGCUGUGUGUGUGGCUGUGGCUCGUCUUGGGGUUCUGUCACCAGGCUGUGUCCAGCCUCCUUCCCGCCCCCUACACCUAAGAGUCACCAACCCGGGGUGUGAUUCACCACCCGCUGGAACCGUGCAACCUUUCCCCGAGGAAGAAGGAGGAGGUAGAAGCCAGUUGAGCAGAAAUCCUCUCAUUAACCACUGCGUCACGGUGUAGUGGAAGGGAGUGCGCCGGUCUCGGGGAAAUGCCCGGUUCCUUCGUGCCCACGGUCACCGCGAUCACAACCAGCCAGGACCUCCAGUGGCUCGUGCAACCCACCCUCAUCUCUUCCAUGGCCCAGUCCCAGGGGCAGCCCCUGGCCUCCCAGCCCCCUGCGGUCGACCCCUACGACAUGCCAGGAACCAGCUACUCCACACCAGGCAUGAGUGGCUACAGUAGUGGCGGUGCUAGCGGCAGCGGGGGGCCUUCCACCAGUGGAACUAGCAGUGGACCUGGGCCCUCCCGCCCAGCAAGAGCCCGACCUAGGAGACCCCGAGAGGAGACGCUCACUCCAGAGGAAGAGGAAAAGCGAAGGGUUCGUCGUGAGCGGAACAAACUGGCAGCAGCUAAAUGUAGGAACCGUCGGAGGGAACUCACCGACAGACUACAGGCGGAGACAGAUCAGCUAGAGGAAGAAAAGGCAGAACUGGAAUCGGAGAUCGCCGAGCUCCAAAAGGAGAAGGAGCGUCUGGAGUUUGUGCUGGUGGCCCACAAACCGGGCUGCAAGAUCCCCUACGAAGAGGGGCCGGGUCCGGGGCCAGGCCCUCUGGCGGAGGUGAGAGAUUUGCCGGGGUCCGCAUCCGCUAAGGAAGAUGGUUUCAGCUGGCUGCUGCCGCCCCCGCCACCACCGCCCCUGCCCUUCCAGACCAGCCAAGACGCACCCCCCCACCUGACGGCUUCUCUCUUUACACACAGUGAAGUCCAAGUCCUCGGCGACCCCUUCCCCGUUGUUAACCCUUCGUACACUUCCUCGUUUGUCCUCACCUGCCCGGAGGUCUCCGCAUUCGCCGGCGCCCAACGCACCAGCGGCAGUGACCAGCCUUCCGACCCCCUGAACUCGCCCUCCCUCCUUGCUCUGUGAACUCUUUAGACAAACAGAACACACAAACACACGAGCGGGAGAGCGAUUUGCACGAGGAGGAGGAGGAGGAGGAGGAGGAGAGAGAGGGGGGACGAGACAAAGCGGGUGCGCGGCCCCCUGGCUCUUCCGUCUGCCCCUGUCUCCACUGCCACCGGACAGAAGACCUCUUGUGUUUUGUGCCGCCUCUUUGUUUAUGCGCCAGGCGAGACCGGAGAGCUGGUGACUUUUGGGACAGGGGUGGGGAGGAGAUGGACGCGCCCCAGAUGCCUGUUGGUCCUCUUGCUUCAGUCCAACCUCUGGGGACGCGCGGGUGGGAGGGCGACGCCCACCUUUGGCGUCCUGCGCUGGGCGGGGUGGGGCAGCAGGGCGCGGGUGGGUGGGAGCUGUGGGGGCUGGAGCCCUCCCCAGACAGGCCCAACAAGGAACGCGACUCUCCUCACUCUGCCCCUGCUGACCCCCCCUGUGUCCUCGACCCUAAGCUUCUUUAUCCUACCUUUCUUGGAGGUUAAAUCCUCCUCUGGGCAGAAGUGAGCCCCCCAGCCCCCCUCCCCGGGAAGCUGAUGGCGCCCUGUUAUAAUCAGCUUCACCCCAGAAUUAUUCUGAAAUGUGAACUUUCUUCACCGAUUGUCCAGCUGUCCCCCUCCUCAGAGGGAAAAAAAAUUGGCUAGGACUGGGCCUUCUCGGCCCCCAAGGCCCGCACUCCAUGCCCCCCACCCUGCCCUCCUUUACGAUCGCAGUAUUAUUCCAAGCUCCCUCCUUCCAGGGCGCCCUGGCCGUCCUUGUUGGGCCUUUCUGGUUUCAAGCAGCAGGGGGUGCUGCGACGCCGUCCUGCUGGAGUGCUUUAUACUGUGAAUGAGCGGCCGGAUUGUGGGGUGGGCCGGGUGGGACAAGACCCCGACUCCCCAAAACCUUCCCUGGACCUCCCGAUCCCCUACCUGCCUCCUCCUCCCCUCACCCAUGAGUUAGACUCAAAGGAGUUGGCAGAAUCGAGAAGGGGGGGAUGACAGUGACCCGUCCGCAUCCACGAGGCCUCUCUCUCUUCUGGCCCUGGCCUUUUUCUCUAAGGUCCCCACCUUCCCCAGCCUAGGACGCCAACUUCUCCCUGCCCUCGGCGCCCAGCCCAGCGUCCGUCCCUUCUAGAAAGGGAGCUAGAGGGCUUGACAUUUUCCGGAGAAGUUUUAAGGGCUGAGGCUCUGACCCCCUGAACCCCCAAUAUUUUUGGACUGGCAAACAUGGAGAGGCUGGGUUCCCGCAGUCCCACCCCGCCACUGCCUCGGCUCCCAACUUCGGUCUGGCGCUCCCGCCUCACCUUUCCUUGGGCUUCACCCGUAAGCAUUUCAUCAUGAGGCAAAUUUCUAUUUUUUAAUAAUGAGAGUGGCCCUGCCACGCUCUGUGUCGCAUGGACAACAUUCCACACCCUGGUCCCUCGUCUCUGGGCCCGAACCAGACCCUCCCUUACCUAUUUAACCCUUCCCUGGUUUCCGAAAGGCACUUAUAUCUAUUAUGUAUAAAUAAAUAUAUUAUAUAUGGGUGUGUGUGUGCGCGCGUGUACGUGUGAGUGCUUCUGCAUCUAAAAGUGUGCCGUGGGGUUGGAAAUGCUUCUGGAACUUUGAAUCAGUCUGUCUCCGGCUGUCUAUCUGUCUCUGGCUGUGUCCCAGCCCCUCUGGCUGGUCUAACAGUCUCUGGCCGUCUUUGAAUGUUUCUUUUUCUGUCUCUGACCAUCCCCACCUGUCCCCUUCCUGACUGUCGCUGAUCCUCCAGCUGUCUGCUGACUGGGCUCGUUGGGGACCUGAGAUUUUAAUUUUGUAAGUAAGUCUGAGUGAUGGUACAUUUUUGCAGUCUGUAUCGUUGAGAAUCCUGGGCGUGAGUGCGAGUUUGGGUGGGGCCUGGCCCUGCCAAUCACAAGUUUAUUGAAUCCCCAACCUCCUUCCCACUCCAUGCUGUAUUUGUGAUUCCUUUUUUGUAUUUUGCACCUGACCCUGGGGACUGGGGUGGCUGGUACUGGGCUGCUCCUCUCUCCCCUUGGUUCUGCACUGUCGCCAAUAAAAAGCUCUGAAAAAUGCA